AUGCCCAAGGGAAAGUGGAUUAAUAAGAAGACGGCGCAGCACUUUACGCUCGUCCACCGUCCGCAGAAUGAUCCGCUCAUCCACGACGAGAAUGCGCCAUCCAUGGUGCUGAACCCCGUUCAGACAAAAUCCGGAUCAAAAGUAAAGCACCUGGAUGAUCUGGCUUCCGAAUUCGGAUCUGACGCAGGCGAAAUCCGCGCCAACGAAGGUGAAGCAGCAAGCUAUGGCGUCUACUUCGACGAUACCGAGUACGACUACAUGCAACAUUUGAGAGACCUCAAUUCGGGUGGCGGAAACGUUGUCUUUGUUGAAUCAAGCGCGACUCAGAACAAGGGCAAGGGAAAACAGAAGCAGUCAUUGGAAGAGGCUCUGCAAAAGAUGGAUCUUGAGCAAAAGUCGGGUGAUCUUUUGGACGAGGAUAUCCUACCAUCCAAGAAUCUCACACGACUGACCUACCAGGCCCAGCAGGAUGUGCCAGAUGUUAUCGCUGGAUUCAAUCCUGAUAUGGACCCUCGGCUGCGUGAGGUCUUGGAGGCUUUGGAAGAUGACGCCUACGUCGAUGAUGACGAAGAUAUCUUCAAGGAGCUGUCAAAAGACGGAGAGGAGCUCGAGGACUACGACUUUGAAAAUAUGGGAUUCGAUGAUGGAGAUGAGGAUGGAUGGGAAUCGGAUGCCACGGCAAAGCCUACAAAAGAAUACAAAGAGCAAGUACCGGAACUGGUAAAGGUCCAACCAGAGCAGACAGAACAGCCGGAACAUGGGCCGUCAGAGGAUUGGAUGGAAGACUUUAAGAAGUUCAAGAAAGAUCAGAAAGGCCCACGUGGGCCUACAGCUCCAUCCCGAUCUGGAGUUGAGUCUAUGUGGACAACAACCACAAACGGAGGCAGGACUAAGAAGCGAAAGGGCGCCCUGACAAACGCCUCUGCAUACUCUAUGACGUCCUCGUCACUCGUGCGAACAGAGCAGCUCUCAUUGCUAGAUGAGAGGUUUGAGAAGCUGGAGGCUCGCUACAACGAAGACUUUGAUGAUAUGGGAUCCGUAUCAGAGGUUUCGACGACCUCUAGCGUCCAAGGACCCAUGCGCGGAGAUUUCGAUAAUAUCCUGGAUGACUUCCUCGGAUCUUACACAAGGCCUGGAAAGCGAACAUCCAAGAAGUCAAAAGCACAGACAGGACUGGAGCAGCUUGAUGAGAUUCGGCGAGAACUGGGACCUCCGCGUAUCCGAGGCCGCGUGAAGUCAUGA